AGAGAGGGAGAGGAGAGAGAGAGAGAGAGAGAGAGACAGCGUGUUGGGUUACGGAAGCGACAUUUGUAUUUCCUUCCUAAUAAAACAAAACAAAAGAACCGAAGAAGAAGAAGAAGAAGUAAUAUAAUAUAAAUAAGCUGGUCGGUCGGCCAACAUAUUUAUUCGGUUGGGUUCCUUCCGGUGACUUUUGUUCUUCUGAUCGUUUACUGUAACUCAAACAAUUGUAAGACUCUCUGCUCAAUCUUUAACACCAUCCAUCCCAUUGGGUGAUCAUGUGCGUAUGUUUGUAGAAUCCAGUACUACUCACUUUCUGUGAAUAAGAGAUGUGACAAAAAGUACUGACAAAUUAUAACUAUUAAGUAUGACAACUGAAAACCCUAUGAGAGUUUCGGAGGAUAGCGUUGGAGCUGCAAAGUGGGCCCCACCCAGGGCCACUCCUGCUUUUUCUUCUUCAUCAGCAACCGAAGAACUGGGGUCGUUGCUCAGAGGCCACGACAACACUGAAAGAGAUGGCAUUAAUAUUGCUCCUAAUCGUAGUGGUAGUGCACCUCCAAGCAUGGAAGCCUCUUUCUCCGCUUUUGGCAAUAAUUGGAGAUCACCCUCUGUAGAUGGUGGUCGUGGAAGUGGAUCUAUGUACAUAUCGAGAACUUCUCUUUCUACGACCCAUGAGGACGACCCUGAAGAUGAUACAACACUAAAGGAUGACCGGACAAAAAGUACUAGUCUCAUGUUUGGACACAACUCUUUGUCGUUUAGUGCUCGUCACAAAAGUUUGGCUAAUCUUCUACAGGAGAGUUUUCCGCGGACGCCUUCGCCAGUGUUUAGCCAGAAUCGUUCCUCAAGCCAUGUCGGCGAAGCUUUCAACCAUGAAAUGCAAGGCCUGUCACUGGAUUCUGGCAUUGAUAUCCCCACAGUUCCAAUAAAUCCUUUCCUCGACACCUCAGGAAGGUCUCUUUCCAUGCACGGGGAUGAAUUAAUUAGCUACCAUGUUUCCGGAACUGGUCUGCAAAGAAAUAUCAACUCGGUUGAGAUGCAGCCAUCUCCUUUAUAUGCAAGUACUGGAGCUUAUAUGGCUCCAGGAACUUCAUUUUAUCCCAAUCUCAGUACUUCCGGUUUAUAUACUACUACUCCACAGUACAGUGGAUAUUCUAUGGAUUCCUCAACAUUUAUUCCACCGUAUCUGGCUGGAUAUCCACCUCAGACAGCUUUUCCUUUGCAUAUUAAUGCCAAUUCUGGACAAAAUCUUACUAGUCAAACUCCUGGCAUUCCAACUGGGGAAAACUUCUCAAAAGGCUCUGCUGCUGUACAGAAUUUAAACCGGUUUUAUGGCCAAUACGGAGUAACAAUGCCUCCAACCUUUCAAGAUCCUCUUUCGUUGCAGUAUUUCCAGCAGACUAUGCGAGAUCCGUAUGGUGUACCUAUGCAAUAUGCCAAUUUACCAUCACCUGCUGGGCAGACAUUCCAGUUCUCCCCACGUGGGAAUAUUGGCAUUCCAAGUGCAAGGGAAACAAUGAUACCUGGUACGAGUUACCUUAGCAGUCCCACUGGUCUAGGAUUUGUGCCUCAGUUCCCAACAUCACCUCUUGGUAGUCCAGUUUUCCCGCAGUCUCCGGUUGGAGGCACAAGCACAAGUUCAUUAGGAAGAAGAUAUGAUUUUGGGUUUUCUCAAACUUCACCCAGAAAUGUUGGUGGGUAUGCCAGGUGGCAAGGACAAAGGGAGGCUGACAGCUUUAGUGAAUACAGAAAACAUUCUUUUCUUGAAGAACUUAAAACAAGCAAUGCUAGAAGAAUUGAUCUCUCUGACAUUGUAGGUCGUAUUGUUGAAUUCAGUGUUGAUCAACAUGGGAGUCGAUUUAUACAACAGAAGUUGGAAAAUUGUAGUGUACAAGAGAAGGAGUUGGUCUUUAAGGAAGUUCUCCCACAUGCUUCAAAAUUGAUAACCGACGUCUUUGGGAAUUAUGUUAUUCAGAAGUUCUUUGAACACGGGACGUACGAUCAAAGGAAGGAACUUGCAAGCCAAUUAUCGGGACAGAUGCUACCUUUAAGUUUGCAAAUGUAUGGUUGUCGUGUUAUACAAAAGGCUCUGGAGGUUAUCGAUGUUGAGCAGAAGACAGAACUUGUACUGGAACUGGAUGGGCAUGUAAUGAGAUGUGUGAGGGAUCAAAAUGGAAAUCACGUCAUACAAAAAUGCGUUGAAUGUAUGCCCACUGAAAAUAUUGAUUUUAUCAUCUCCGCCUUCCAUGGACAAGUAGCUACGCUAUCUACUCAUCCCUAUGGUUGUCGAGUGAUUCAGAGGGUUUUGGAGCAUUGCUCAGAUGACGUAAGAUGUGGAACAAUAGUGGAUGAGAUACUGGAAUCUGCUUCUGAUCUUGCUCGUGAUCAGUAUGGCAACUACGUCACACAGCACGUUUUGGAAAGGGGAAAACCGCUUGUACGGAGUCAAAUUAUCCGCAAAUUGUGUGGGAAAAUUGUACAGAUGAGCCAGCAUAAGUAUGCAUCAAAUGUUGUAGAGAAAUGCUUAGAGUUUGGCGAUGCUGCUGAACGGGAGUUCUUGAUUGAUGAGAUCCUUCUGCAGUCUGAAGAAAAUGACAAUUUACUGGUGAUGAUGAAGGACCAGUUUGCAAAUUACGUAGUCCAGAAGAUUCUUGAAAUUAGUAACGAUAAGCAGAGAGAAACAUUGCUUCAUCGAAUUCGGCUUCAUCUCAUUGCUUUGAGGAAAUAUACAUAUGGGAAACAUAUAGUUGCUCGAUUUGAACAAUUAUGUGGUGAAGAUAAUGGAAGUACCUCAGAGCCAUAGGGGAUUUGCUUUGAAUGUCGGAGAAUUAUUUUACGAGAUUCUCUGCUCUUACCUGACAUUGAAAGUGGAUAUAGCUGAGAUAAGCUCAUAAUAGUCCAACCUCCGGUCGACAAGUGCUGGGCAGUGCAUUUAGAAGUUAGGUUGAAAUUACUAUGUCGGUACGUAUAUAUGUGAGAAUGUAGCAGUGUGGUGUAACUUCUAGUAGAAAUGUGUGAGUAAUGUAUAGAUAGAAGCAGGGGACUUGCUUAGGUGUAGUUUGAAUGCUGAUUCGUCGAUUUGUCGAGUGUUUGUUUAUUUGAGGAGUUGAGUUGCAAACCAUA